CGAUGUAAUACUCUGAGCAACUCUAUAGCAGUCGACCCUCUGUAGAAGAAGGGCUGUCAGACACCGCUUCUAACUUUAACUGGCGCAUUGCGCACAAGGUGUAGAUUCAAAGUAUGUUUUUGCAUCUUCAAAACCGGAGCAGUUUCCUCGAUCUCCAUCUAAGAACAUGUCUCAAUGACUGGGACAUGAAUGAAGAAAUCAAACUUACCACGACUACUGAUCAAUUCUUUCAAGACGAAAAACGAAAUGACCAGUAUUUGGUGCAGUGGCACUAUGCCAGGAUCGCCCGGCGGACUUCUUCAGGGAAGGAUGAUUUGUCAUCUCAGUCUUGCCAAGAAUCAGAAGAACCCCAGGUGCAGCCAAAUCUAUGGUUGAUGGUGAACCCAACCCUGGCUUGUACUAUUAAGUAUCCGAAACGGCCAUCCAGGCCUCUGACGGAGACGUCUGACGUCACAGAGCAGCACCCCGCUGUCAUGACCGUCCCCGCGCCAACAAUUGCCCCUGUUCCAAGCGCACAUUCUCCAUCGCCCGUCGUGGAGCCGUCACUUGACGAAUCCCUACACGACGCCUCCUCGUCCAGCGAGUAUCUUCUUACAGAUGAGGACGACGCAUCCUCCGUAGAUGUCCCCGUUUGCCGUAAGAUGAAGAGCGGUGCGCGCAAGGUGAAGUCUCCCAAGGACCGCGUACGGAAGCUGAAUCUCGCUCAGAACAAGCGGCUGCAGCGGGUCCUUCAGGAGAGCAACAACCUUAAGAGCGGCGCGUGGCCUCGACCGCCAGUCAACUACUGCAUCCUCAUCGCCAUGGCGCUGAACAGCAGCCGCACCGGGAGCUUGAACGUGCAGCAGAUUUAUAACUUCACUAGAGAGCACUUUCCGUUCUUCCAGACUGCACCCGACGGUUGGAAGAACACUAUUCGGCACAACCUGUGUUUCAGCAACAGCUUCCGGAAGACUCCCCAGCAGGUGUCCAGCGAGGGAAAGAGGAAGUCCUGCCUCUGGCACCUUACAGUCGACGGCCGCCGCCGACUCCGGAACGAGAUCCACACGCUCACCGGAGAGUCCUUCAGAGUGCUCAGGAUGAGCAUGAACAACCCCGAUAUGGUGUGUACUUUAUUUGAGCUAUAAUGCUACGUGAGAGGAGACCCUUACCGGCAGGGCACCGUGCUGCACUUCAAACUCAAACUUCAAACAGCUGGAUUUAUCAUUUUUGGACCUUUUUGUUUAGUAUUUUGCCCAUUACCUGUAUUAUAUAUUGAUAAAUUGCAGUUUCAUGUUUUUGCUUUUACUUUUCAGUGGCAUCUAUAU